AUGGCAAGGACCAAAGUGUACAGCCCCCCAGAAUGGAUCCGCUAUCAGCGGUAUCACGGCAGGUCAGCAGCAGUCUGGUCUCUGGGGGUCCUGCUGUAUGACAUGGUCUGUGGGGAUAUCCCCUUUGAACAUGAUGAGGAGAUUAUUAGGGGCCAGGUCUACUACCGACAGAGGGUCUCUCCAGAGUGCCAGCACCUCAUUAAAUGGUGUCUUGCCUUGAGGCCCUCCGACACGCCAUCCUUUGAAGAUCUUCUAAAUCAUUCUUGGAUGCAAGAUGUCCUCUUGCCACAGAAAACAGCAGAGAUCCACCUGCACAGUCUAAUUCAGGAGUCUGGCAAAUAGCAGCUCCUCUCAUCCAUUGGGUGUAAAAAGAAAACUUUCACCAGUGACUGUCUGCCUGUUACAUGGGAACAUUCAUAUCUCAUUCCAGAGCUCAGCUAACUGGAGAAUCUUCGGAGAGGCUGGACGUUACCAUCCAUCCCAGGUGGACUGGUCUUGAACUCGUUCGGUCCUGCCUUACUUGAUGUCUUGCCAGUAGACUUUUUUGAUGUCUUAUGGGCACAUCUGUGAGUGUCCCUGACCUGCUGAGUCCUGGAAUAUGAACUGAGCGAGGACCAGAGAAUUAGCAAGAACGUUUUGCUUGGGGAAACUGGCUGUGGAGGGGGAGGGAAGGUACUGAUUUGAAUAGCUGUCUUAUUCACUGUGUCACCAUGUUCUGAGUGCCUUCAGUUGCGAUCUGGGCUGUGCUGGGGGAAAUACUUGAAUCUUCCUACACCUCUGCUUCUCCAAGAUUCACCUGGGUUUAUUUUACAUUCCCCUUCUUAAGGAACAGGUCAGAAGCAGCCACGGGUGAAACCAAUGCACCCUGGCUAGUUGUUUCCGAGGUAUGCUGUUAGCGGGACCUUUCCUUCCUCAGCUCUUUGCCUUGAGCCUCGGAAACCAGGGCGUCCUCACAGAUGCACAAACAAUGCAACCCAAUAGAGCUGUAAAUGUGUACAGAAUUAUA